AUGUUGUAAUUAAUACACCCAUCGGUAAAGUCGCGACAGGAGCCCGAAUUCAAAUUGGUUGGGACAUUACAGGUCAAUCGUCAGGUUUAUUCGGUAGCCUUCACAUUCAAAACAGAGAUACUGGCGAAUCAACUACAAUUAAUGAUCAAGUUGAUCUAACUCUUCGUAGACUUCAGUGGAAAGUUAGUGUUCCACCCGGUACAUAUGUUUUUACUAUAAAUGAUGGUACUGGUGAAAAGUUUUCUGGAGAAUUUCAGGUUGCUCAGGGAAUUCCUGUAGGUAGUAGUGAUAAAGCUAGUGAUGUAACUAAAAAAGAAGUAGAUAAUGAUAAAGCAAUGACACAUGGAAAUUCGAAAUCUGUGGGUCCUACAUCGUCGCAAGACUCAUCUAAAUCACAAGCUCCUAUGAGUUCUGCUUCCACAACUAAAGUUGCAUC